CCCAGAUAGAGCAGUAGUCAUGCCUCCAGUCUUCCUCUGAGGCUAGUCUACUAAACAGAACGCUCAUUGGAUACCUCACUGAUGUCUUAGUUAAUGGGCUACAAACCACAAAGGCACACAGCCAUUUUUCUAGGAACGCCUGUCCUGACCAUCCAAGCGUUUCGGCUUGGGGCCGCGAGCAGAGAGGAGUUACUGGAUUUGGCUCUUGGUAUCUGAGUGUUACACCCCCUGGGUCAGAUCUCUCGGCGGCGGGUGACGUCUUGAGAUGCUGGCCGGCCACCGCGAGAAGAGCAGCAGGGCUGGCUUUGGCCUGACGAAGCCGCUCAAGAUGAACAUGGUGAAGAGGAUCAUGGGAAGGCCGCGGCAGGAGGAGUGUAGUCCCCAGGACAACGCUCUAGGCCUCAUGCACCUCCGUCGCCUCUUCUCUGAGCUCUGCCACCCACCACGUCACAUGACCCAGAAGGAGCAGGAAGAGAAACUCUACAUGAUGCUGCCUGUCUUCAACAGGGUGUUCGGGAACGCCCCUCCCAGCACCAUGACGGAGAAGUUCCAGGACCUCCUCCAGUUCACCACCCAAGUCUCCCGUCUCAUGGUCACUGAGAUCAGACGGAGGGCGUCCAACAAGUCCACAGAGGCGGCCAGUCGAGCUAUAGUCCAGUUUUUGGAGGUCAACCAGAGCGAGGAGGCAAGUCGUGGCUGGAUGCUACUGACCACCAUCAAUCUGCUGGCUUCUUCUGGACAGAAAACAGUGGAUUGCAUGACAACUAUGUCCGUCCCCUCCACCCUGGUUAAGUGUCUGUACCUGUUCUUUGACCUGCCUCACAUGGCCGAGGCUCCGGCUUCCACCCAGACCCAGGCCUCGGAGCUGCCACUGGCUGACCGCCGUGCCCUGCUUCAGAAGGUCUUUGUACAGAUCCUGGUAAAGCUUUGCAGCUUUGUGUCCCCUGCGGAGGAGCUGGCCCAGAAAGACGACCUCCAGCUCCUGUUCUCGGCCAUAACAUCUUGGUGCCCCCCCCACAACCUGCCAUGGAGGAAGAGCGCCGGCCAGGUCCUCACCACCAUCUCACGACACGGCCUUAGCGUCAACGUGGUCAAGUACAUCCACGAAAAAGAGUGCCUGGCCACAUGUAUCCAGAACAUGCAGCAGUCAGACGACCUUUCAACCCUAGAGAUAGUAGAGAUGUUCGCCGGUCUGUCCUGUUUCCUGAAAGACUCCAGCGACGUGUCCCAGACCCUGCUAGACGACUUCCGCAUGUGCCAGGGAUACACUUUCCUGUGUGACCUCAUGCUCCGACUGGAGCAGGCCAAAGAGGAGGACAGCAGCGACGCCUUGAAGGACCUGGUAAACCUGGUCACAUGUCUCACCACCUAUGGAGUGACGGAGCUCAAACCCGCCGGUCUCACCACAGGAGCUCCUUUCCUCCUACCAGGAUUCAUUCUCCCACAGCCUACUGGGAAAGGCCAUACGGUGAGAAACCUGCAGGCCUUCUCUGUCCUGCAGAAUGCCUUUCUGAGGGCCAAGACAUCUCUUCUGGCCACCACGGUCCUCGACGCCAUCGGAAACAUCUACGCUGCAGACCCUGCCAACUACUUCAUCCUCGAAGCCCAGCACACACUCUCUGUGUUCGCUGACAAGGUGGUGAAGUUUCCGGAUGCCCAGGCCAAGUACUUUGAGCUGUUGGAAUUUGUAGUGUUCACUCUGAACUACGUUCCCUGCAAGGAGCUGUUCAGUGUCAGCGUGCUGCUCAAGGGUUCUACCUCACACUCCUGCAGUAGCAUUGCUACCAGGACUCUGUUGAAGUUGAGUCGCCAUGACGCUGUGUUCAGUGACGUGUUGAGGGAGGUGGGGCUUCUGGAGGUGCUGGUCAACCUGCUGCAUAAGUAUGCUGCCCUGCUCAAAGACCCAGCCACACAGCAACACCGGGAACAGACCGCUGGAGACCUGCUCAAAGACGCAGGCACGCAGCAGCCUCGGGAACAGACCGCAGGAGACCACCAGCAUGGUGACUGUAAGAGUAACAGUGUUGCAGAGGAACAGAAGCAAUUGGCCUGGCUGGUCAUGGAGACUCUGACUGUCCUACUACAAGGAUCCAACACCAAUGCAGGUUUGUUCAGAGAGUUUGGGGGUGCACGCUGCGUCCACAACAUCGUGAGGUAUGGUCAGUGCCGGGAGCACGCCCUGAUGAUCAUCCAGCAGCUGGUUCUGUCGCCCAGUGGGGAUGACGACAUGGGAACCCUGCUGGGCCUGAUGCACUCCGCCCCCAGCACCGAGCUACAGCUCAAAACGGACAUACUGAGGGCUCUGCUGGCAGUGUUGAGAGAAAGUCACCGUACCCGGACAGUCUUCCGGAAGGUUGGCGGCUUUGUCUACGUCACGUCCCUUCUCGUUGCCAUGGAGAGGUCACUUUGCCAGCCGCCGCGCCAAGGAUGGGAGAAGGCCAAUCAGAAUCAGGUGUUUGAGCUCCUCCACACGGUCUUCUGCACGCUGACCGCCGCCAUGCGGUAUGAACCUGCCAACUCUCACUUCUUCAGGACUGAGAUCCAGUACGAGAAACUAGCAGACGCUGUCAGGCUGCUGGGCUGUUUCUCAGAGGCCAAGAAACUUGGAGCCACGUCGGUUUUCCCCUCCAACGCCCAGCCCUUCAUGAGGCUCCUGGAGGACGAGGGUGUUGCUGCCGGAGACGUCUGCCCUACACUCAAACACUGCAGCAAGCUCUUCAUCUACCUUUACAAGAUGGCCACUGACUCCUUUGACAGUCGUGCGGAGCAGGUGCCCCCCUGCCUGACACAUGAGACCUCCCUGCCCUCUCCGUGGGGCACGCCAGCGCUCGCCAGGAAGAGGCACGGAUACCAGGGAACGUCUGGCCCUCCCGCCGGUGUCAGAGCCCUGACGGACCUCAGUCAAAAGCUGCAUUUGGCCAACUCUUCCUCAUCGUCCUCCUCGUCUUUCCCGUCGGACUCAGUGGUCAUCCACCCAGGUGCAGGACUAGCCAUGCUGGACCUUCUGGCCUCGGUCAGCUCCGACAGCCAGCCAGAGCACGCCCUGGACCUGCAGCUAGCGGUAGCUAACAUCCUGCAGCUCCUGGUACACAGUGAGAGGAACCAGCAGGUCCUGUGUGAGGCGGGUCUACACAGCAGGCUUCUGCAGCGCUGCAGCCAGGCCCUGGGUGACGAGGACCACCCCCUACACCCCCCACUGCAGAGGAUGUUUGAGAGGCUGGCCUCACAGGCCCUGCAGCCCAUGGCCCUGAGAGAGUUCCUCCGACUUGGCAACCCUUUGAACUGUGGUGCCUGGGACAAGAAGCUCCUGAAGCAGUAUCGUGUCCACAAGCCCUCCUCACUCAGCUAUGACGCAGACAUGAGAAACUCUAUGACAAUGUCCAUGGACGGGUGUUUUGGUCCGGACAGCGUGUUCGCAGCGGCGGCCGGCGAGGACAACGGGCAGUACCGAAUCAGCCGUAGUCUGGUCCGUUCCGCCGAAGGUUCCACCGUGCCCCUCACCAGAGUCAAGUGUCUGGUGUCCAUGACAACGCCCCACGACAUACGCCUGCAUGGCUCAGCCGUCACGCCGGCCUUCGUGGAGUUCGAUACCUCGCUGGAGGGCUUCGGUUGCCUGUUCUUACCCAGUCUGGCCCCUCACAACGCUCCAUCUAACAACACCAACACAGGAGGAACCAGCGAUGGAGCUGUUGUCAGCGGGAUUGGAGCAGGAGAGCGCCUGUUCCCCCCUCCUUCUGGGUUGAGCUACUCGGCCUGGUUCUGCGUGGAGCGGUUCAGCACCGCCCCCCACAGCCACCCUGUGCGUCUGCUGACUGUGGUUCGCCGGGCCACCUCAUCAGAACAGCACUAUGUCUGUCUGGCUGUGGUUCUGUCUGUGAAGGACCGCUCCCUCAUGGUCUCCACCAAGGAGGAACUGCUGCAGAACUACGCGGAUGACGUCAGUGAGGAGUCCAAGUUAUUUGAGGUUCUGCCGUGCUGCGCCAGGUUCCGCUGUGGAGACCUGAUCGGAGAAGGCCAGUGGCAUCACCUGGUGUUGGUCAUGAGUAAAGGCAUGUUGAAGAACAGCAUGGCUACCCUGUACAUUGACGGACAGCUGGUUCACACCACCAAGCUCCACUACAUCCAUAGUUCUCCGGGCGGGAGCGGCAGCACCAACCCCCCGGUGGUCAGCACUGUGUACAGCUACAUCGGCACACCCCCCGCCCAGAGGCAGCUGUCCAAUCUUGUGUGGCGCCUGGGGCCCACGCACUUUCUGGAGGAGGUACUUCCUGCCACCAGCGUUGCGUUGGUGUACGAGCUGGGUCCGAACUACACCGGGAGCUUCCAGGCGGUUUACCUCCCCUGUAAAGACUCCAGGACUGGCGAGGCUCCAACCCCGGUAGCCCUGGUUCCAGAGGAGAAGGUGUCGUUCAGCCUCUACGCCCUCUCCGUUUCAGCGCUCACCGUGGCCAAGAUACGCAAGGUCUACAACAAGCUGGACAGCAAGGCCAUUGCAAAGCAGCUGGCUGUGUCGUCUCAUGAGAACGCCACCCCGGUUAAAUUAAUCCACAACGCGGCGGGUCACCUUAACGGUCCGGCUCGCACCAUAGGAGCAGCGGUCAUUGGCUACCUUGGUGUUCGUGCAUUCCUCCCCAAACCUGUGGCUACCACUCUGCAGUAUGUGGGUGGUGCAGCAGCCAUCUUGGGCCUGGUUGCCAUGGCGCAGGACGUUGAGGGUCUCUACGCGGCUGUCAAGGCGUUGGUAUGCGUUGUCAAGAGCAACCCACUGGCCAGUAAGGAGAUGGAGCGGAUUAAAGGCUACCAGCUGUUGGCCAUGCUGCUCAAGAAGAAGCGUCACCUGCUCAACAGUCACAUCCUCCAUCUCACGUUCUCCCUGGUGGGGACAGUGGACAGUGGCCAUGAGACCUCCAUUAUCCCCAACUCCACCGCCUUCCAGGACCUGCUCUGUGACUUCGAGGUGUGGCUCCAUGCACCCUACGAACUCCACCUGUCCCUGUUUGAACACUUCAUUGAACUCCUCACUGAGUCCAGUGAGGCUGCUCGGAACGCUAAGCUGUUACGUGACUUCCAGCUGAUCCCCAAGCUUUUGUUGACGCUAAGGGACACCUCUCUGUCCCAGCCCACCAUCGCUGCCAUCGGCAAUGUGCUUUCACUGCUGCUCCAAGGCUUCCCUAACACAUACGACCUACUAAGGUUUGGCCAGUUCAUCUCUUCCACACUGCCAACAUUUGCUGUGUGUGAGAAGUUUGUGGUGAUGGAGAUCAACAACGAGGAGAAGAUCGAUGGAGGUAACGACGAUGACUUUGGGGGCCUCCUGUCUGCCAAUCUGAUCCUGCUGAGGAACCGGUUGCUGGACAUCCUCCUGAAACUGCUCUUCACAUCUAAGGAGAAAUGCAGCGUCAACACACAGGCGUGUGAGGAGUUGGUGCGUACUCUGGGUUUUGACUGGCUGCUGAUGUUCAUGGAGGAACACCUUCACUCCAGCACGGUAACGGCAGCUCUGUGGAUCCUGGUGGUCCUCCUCAGCAACCAGGCUAUUCUCAUCAGGUUUAAAGAGGGGCUGACUGGAGGCGGGUGGCUGGACCACACUGACUCUGUCCUCACUAACAAGAUUGGCACCGUGCUGGGGUUUAACGUUGGCCGUAGUGCCGGCGGGCGCUCCACCCUACGGGAGAUCAACCGAGACGCGUGCCACUUCCCAGGGUUCCCUGUUCUGCAGACGCUGCUCCCUAAGCACACAAACGUCCCUGAUCUGUAUUUCCUGCUGAUGGCCCUGUUCCUGCAACAACCCGUCACUGAACUGCCAGACAGCCUCCAGGUACAUUUCGACCUGGACUCCCUCUGGACGUUCAUCUUCGGGGUCCCAGCGUCCAAUGGCACUGUGGUGUCGUCCAUCCACAGCGUCUGCACCGAGGCAGCCUUCCUCCUGCUGGGGAUGCUGAGGAGCAUGCUGAACCUGCCAUGGCAGUCGGAGGAGGAGGGCUCCUGGCUGAGGGAGUAUCCAGUGACUCUGAUGCAGUUUUUCAGAUACCUGUAUCACAACGUCCCUGACCUGACUCCCAUGUGGCACAGCCCGGAGUUCCUGUGUGCCCUGGCUGCGUCCGUGUUCCCCUUCAACAUCAGACCCUACUCUGAGAUGGUGAGUGAUCUGGAUGAUGAAACGGGGUCUCCCACGGAGGAAUUCAAGGCCUUUGCAUCUGACACAGGCAUGAACCGCAGCCAGUCGGAGUACUGCAAUGUUGGUUCAAAGACCUACCUGACCAACCACCCGGCCAAGAAGUAUGUGUUCGACUUCAUGCGGGUUCUGAUCAUGGACAACCUGUGUCUGACCCCUGCCAGCAAACAGACGCCCACCAUCGACCUCCUGCUGGAGGCCUCCCCGGAACGUUCCACCAGGACUCAACAGAAAGAGUUUCAGUCCUACAUCCUGGACUCUGUCAUUGAACACCUCCUGGCUGCGGAGGUCCUGUUGGGUGAGGAUGCGUCCCUCCCCCUCACCAGCGGGGGCAGCUACCAGGUGCUGGUCAACAACGUUUUCUACUUCGCUCAGCGGGUGGUAGACAAGCUUUGGCAGGGCAUGUUCAACAAGGAGUCCAAGAUGGUGGUGGAGUUCAUAGUUCAACUCAUAGGACAGUCCAAGCGGCGGUCGCAGGGUCUCUCUCUGGACUCGGUCUACCACUGUCUGAACCGCACGGUCCUGUACCAGCUAUCUCGACCACACAAGACCGUGCCUCAACAGGUAGCGCUGCUGGAUUCCCUCAGGGUUUUGACCGUGAACCGUAAUCUGGUGCUGGGUCCCGGAAACCACGACCAGGAGUUUGUGGCCUGUCUGGCUCACUGCUUCAUCAUCCUCCACGUUGGGAGUAGUGUGGAGGGCUUUGGUUUGGAGGCGGAGGCUCGUAUGACCACCUGGCACGUCAUGAUGCCCACUGAGAAUGAACCGGACAACACUCACAGCCAGGACGUCAGUGAAGGCCGCCAGCUGCUGCUGAAAGCGGUGAACAGGGUCUGGACAGAGCUCAUGCACAGUAAGAGGCAGAUGCUGGAGGACAUCUUUAAGGUGUCCCUCCCCACCAAUGACAGAGGACACGUGGACAUCUCCACUGCUCGUCCUGCCUUGGAGGAACCUGCCCUGAAGAGCUGGCAGAACCAUCUGGUUUAUGAGAAGAAGUGUAUUAGCCGAGGGGAGUCCGUGGUGCCGGCCAGCCAGUCCAAACUGUCCCGGGUCAGCAGUGGCUUUGGCCUGUCCAAACUGACCGGGGCUCGGCGCACCAAGAAGGAAAACUCCCUCAACAAGAACAACCUUUCUGCACAGGAGACAUUCCAGUGGAUGUUCACCCACAUAGCGGUGGUCAGGGAUCUGGUGGCCAUGCAGUACAAGGAGUACCAGGAGAGGCAGCAGAAUGCUCUGAAGUACGUCACUGAGGAGUGGGCCUCCAUAGAGUACGAGCUGCUGAGAGAGCGGGGCCUCUGGGGCCCUCCCAUCGGAUCCCAUCUGGACAAGUUCCUGCUGGAGAUGACGGAGGGACCCUGCCGCAUGAGGAAGAAGAUGGUGCGCAACGACAUGUUCUACAUACAUUAUCCAUAUGUCCCAGAGCCGGAACCCAGCACCAAUGGCCAAGUACAGAAGCCAGUCCGGUACCGGCGAGCGAUCAGCUAUGACAGUAAGGAGUACUACAUGCGAGUGCUGUCCGGUAACCCAGGGAUGUACCAGCACUCUGUAGACCACAGCACAGAGGGUGAAGCCACACAGCAGGAACCUGGAGAGGUGCACGGAGAAGACACCAUUGCCAGGGUCAAAGGUCUUGUAAAGGCCCCUUUGAAGAGGUCACGUUCCACAGCAGACGGAGCCGACGAGGAACAAGACCUGCUCCAGGAACAGCUGUUGGAGUCAGGAGGACUGGAUGAGGAGCAAAGGACUGACAACACCUCGCUGUUACGGCUACUGGAGGAGGGAGAGAAGAUCCAGCACAUGUACCGCUGCGCCAGGGUUCAGGGCCUGGAUACCAGCGAGGGGCUGCUGCUGUUUGGGAAGGAACACUUCUACGUCAUCGAUGGUUUCACCAUGACCGUCUCCAGAGAGAUCCGAGACAUUGAGACUCUGCCCGCCAAUCUACAUGAGACCAUCAUCCCGCGGGGGGCACGGCAGGGCCAGAGCCAGUUAAAGAGGACCUGCAGUAUCUUCGCCUACGAGGACAUUAAGGAGGUCCACAAGAGACGCUACCUGCUUCAGCCCAUGGCCGUAGAGGUGUUCUCUGGAGACGGGAGAAACUACCUGCUGGCCUUCCAGAAAGGAGUCCGCAACAAAGUCUACCAGCGCUUCCUGGCCGUGGUUCCCUCGCUGGCAGACAGCUCAGAGUCCGUCUCGGGACAGAGGCCUAACACCAGCGUAGAACAGGGGUCAGGCCUUCUCAGCACUCUGGUCGGGGAGAAGUCUGUCACCCAGAGAUGGGAGCGCGGUGAGAUCAGCAACUUCCAGUACUUGAUGCACCUCAACACUCUGGCGGGGCGAUCCUACAAUGACCUGAUGCAGUACCCUGUGUUCCCCUGGAUCCUGGCGGACUACGACUCUGAGGAGUUGGACCUGAACAACCCGCGUACAUUCCGUAACCUGGCUAAACCAAUGGGAGCUCAGACGGACGACAGGCUGACCCAGUACAAGAAGAGGUUCAAGGACUGGGAGGACCCAACCAGCGAGACCCCUGCUUAUCACUAUGGAACUCACUACUCCUCAGCGAUGAUUGUGGCGUCGUACCUGGUCCGCAUGGAGCCCUUCACUCAGAUCUUCCUCAGGCUUCAGGGAGGUCACUUUGAUUUAGCAGACAGGAUGUUUCACAGUGUGCGGGAAGCCUGGCUCUCUGCCUCCAAACACAACAUGGCCGACGUCAAGGAGCUCAUACCUGAGUUCUUCUACCUUCCAGAAUUCAUGCUUAACUCCAACAACUUUGACCUUGGUGCCAAGCAGAACGGGAUCAGACUAGGAGAUGUUCUUCUGCCUCCAUGGGCCAAGGGAGACCCAAGAGAGUUCAUCAGAGUCCAUCGACAGGCUCUGGAGUGUGAUUAUGUGUCUGCCCACCUGCAUGAGUGGAUAGACCUGAUCUUUGGCUUCAAGCAGCAGGGCCCACCAGCGGUGGAGGCCGUUAACGUGUUCCACCACCUGUUCUACGAGGGCCAGGUGGACAUCUACAACAUCAACGACCCUCUGAAGGAGACCGCCACCAUCGGGUUCAUCAAUAACUUUGGACAAAUCCCCAAACAGUUGUUUAAGAAGCCCCAUCCUCCAAAGCGGGUCCGCAGUAAGUCCAACGGGGGGGAGGCCGGGGGGAUACCAGGCUCCCUCUCCUCCAGCACCGACAAGAUCUUCUUCCAUCAUCUGGACAACCUCCGACCUUCUCUAGCCCCUGUCAAAGAGCUCAAGGAGCCUGUGGGUCAGAUCAUCUGCACUGAUAAAGGCAUCCUGUCAGUGGAGCAGAACAAAGUUCUCCAACCGCCUCACUGGAGCAAGACCUUCGCCUGGGGUUACGCUGACCUAUCCUGCCGACUGGCCAAUUACGAGUCUGACAAGGCGGUGGUGGUGUACGAGUGUCUGUCAGAGUGGGGUCAGGUCCUCUGUGCCAUCUGCCCCAACCCCAAGCUUAUCAUCACCGGAGGAACCAGCACAGCCAUCUGUGUGUGGGAGACAGGUACCUCCAAGGAGAGGGCCAAGACACUCACACUAAAACAGGCGUUGCUGGGUCAUACUGAUGCGGUGACGUGCCUGACCGCCUCGUCGGCGUACCACAUCAUCGUCAGCGGCUCCCGGGACAGAACGUGCAUCAUCUGGGACCUCAACAAGCUGUCCUUCGUCACGCAGCUCAGGGGCCACAGGGCCCCCGUCUCAGCCCUCUGCAUCAAUGAGCUCACGGGAGACAUUGUGUCGUCAGCUGGUACCUACAUCCAUGUCUGGAGCAUCAACGGCAGCCCCAUCGCCAGCGCCAACACCUUCACGGGACGCUCCCAACAGAUCCUCUGCUGCUGUGUGUCUGAGAUGAAUGAGUGGGACAUGCAGAACGUCAUCGUAACCGGACACUCCGAUGGGGUUGUCAGGUUCUGGAGAAUGGAGUUCCUACAAGUCCCAGAAACCCCUGCUCCAGAACCAAUCGAUCCCCCUGAUGUACCUGACUGCUGUACGGAGGUCAAGCUGGCAGAGGGACCAGAGACCCAUAACGGUGAUGACGACAGCAGCGAAUCAGACGGAGACGAGCCCAGUCUCAGCACGGACUCCAAACCAUCUCCCCGCCCUCACUCUGCAGCCACAGCAGGGGGAGGGGCUGGAUCGGCAGAGGGAGGGUCCGGCAGCCAGCCAGGCAGCGCCGUUCACAGACCCAAAGGGGUCGCGGGGGGGCGAUCAGGGGUCACCUGGUCUGUGGACAGCGGGUCAGACGAGUCCCGUCGCUGGUCCGACACCCUCAGCCUGGACGAGAAGGACGGCUUUGUGUUCGUCAACUACUCAGAGGGUCAGACGGGACAGUCCAAACCCGGGGUCCCCUCUCACCCCCACCCUCCCCACCCGGCAGCAGGCCACGGCGGGGUGCCCCAGCCCCUACACCCCACCACCAUGGAGGCCCGGCCGUACAACCAGCUCAGGGCAGGUUACAGAUGGGAACGCCAGCUGGUGUUCCGGAGCAAACUGACCAUGCACACCGCUUUUGACCGGAAAGACAAUGCUCACCCAGCAGAGAUCACAUCCCUGGCCAUCUCGAAAGACCACAGCAGGAUCCUGGUUGGUGAUGGCCGCGGCCGGGUGUUUAGCUGGUCUGUGAGUGAUCAGCCUGGCCGGUCGGCCGCUGACCACUGGGUGAAGGACGAGGUGGUGGACAGCUGUUCAGGCUGCGCCGUGCGGUUCUCCCUCACUGAGAGACGCCACCACUGUAGGAACUGUGGGCAGCUCUUCUGUCAGAAGUGUAGUCGUUUUCAGUCGGAGAUCAAGCGUCUGAAGAUAUCGUCCCCGGUGAGAGUGUGUCAGAACUGUCACUAUAACCUGCAGCACGAGCGCAUCGGCGAGGACAGCUGCAGAAACUAACCACGGGAACUAGCCUGAAGGCACUACCCUAGGGAACCUGUGUCCUAUCCCGUCUCUCACCCUCCCGUGCAACCCUGCCUCCCUUAAAUACCACCGCUGUGCGCGCGCGCGCACGCACGUGUCCAGUGACCCAAUGUAAAACACUGACUGAUGUAGGCUUUUAAAGGGAUCACUGAAGAGGCAACUGUUUCCGUUACUGUGGUGGUUAGGAAUGACCAGGCCAGGAGUCUGGUUGGGAAACGCGUGGAUAGAAUGCGAGUUGUGGUAUGAAUUAGGAAGGGGGAUUAUGGUGAGGGUUGUAAACCAUCUAACUUCUGCUUUCUUUCGGCCCCAAAUAAAGCUCCGUUGUCAGAUUCAUCUUCCGUCUACCAUCUUGUAGUUUAGAUUUUAGAAAACCAACGCACAGAACGACAAGCCUCGCGUAGUUCAGAAGGGAAAACAUGUUUAUAUUGUAAAUACUUACAUUGGCCUUUUUAACUAGAACAGGAAAAACUGAGAACAAAAUUAUAAUAAUUGUUGUUUCCUGUAAACUAGCAUUGUCACUAACCACUCCCGGCUUUAAAAACACAACAGUUGUGUGGAACAAUAAUAUGUAUGGUCACGAGUCACGGAAGCUCAGAGGGAAUUUUAGCAACUAAGUCCCACGUGGAAACCUAUUUCCUAUGUAGAGCACUACUCUUGAUGGAGCCUGGUGAGAAUAGGGGGCAAGAGAUGUGCACUAAAAAGUGAGUAGGAUGCCGUUUUGGGACUUGUACAAUUAUAACAAUAGGGGAAUAUGAAUGUUAAAUUAAUGCUGCGUGUUAACAUUACCAGCGUGUCUAGUUAUGCAAUAACUUCUUUUUUUAUUUUGAAAUUUCUUUAAAUGUUUUAUUACAACAUGUGAUUUGAUUUGUGAGUUGCCCACAGUAUCAAACUAUUGCCAUCAAAGUGAGAUUUGUCAUUCGUUUUGCCAAAUUGCUUUAUUUCAUGUGCAAAUUCCGUCUGUGUUUGAGGAAUUGUCAUGUGGAUGUACCAUUGAGUUGUGUUUUUAUGACUUACACAGGUUAGUCCCUGAUCGUUUUAUUUGUUGCUGCUUGUCAAGAUUGGAGAAAUUAUCAUUUCAGUUUUACAGGGAUUCCUUCCCUUUUUAACAUAUCAAGUUUUAUUUGAUAUCUUCGCUGAUCCACAACACCCUAUAAGAGGUGUGGAUGUCUCCUAGUGAAAAUUCAUCUUGAAUUAAUCAUCUGUUUGAUUGAAUUAUGAAUGAAUAAAUAUAUAUAUAUGAAUAUAUAUAUACA